UGCAGCUCAUGUCGACCCCUCCCCAACUUCUCCUGCGCACUGCAAUCAAACUGAAUAUCAGUUAAGUUGUCUUUGUUUAAGUUAUAAGCCAAAGUUUCUUUAACCUAUGGCCCUAUGUUUUUUUGAUGGGUAGAAAUCAUUGGGCUAAUAGUUAUUUGGAGAUUUAGGUUAUCUAAAAUUCUCGGACAUGAUGUCAGUAUUUAAGCAUUGAUGCAUUGUAAUUUUGAAUGUUAAAUUAGCCUAAAACGCAUCUUACGAACUCAGUAGUUUUAGAUCAGAUAUGGUAGGUAUAUCAAACAUUAGUGUAAUAGCAUAUCAAAGUAUCUCUGUUAGUCAGUGUAUCAAUUUGUGUCUUGUUUCUCUGCAGAAGACCGCUCGUGCGUAAAGUUGCUGGCACCCGCCUCUUCGCUCUCCAAACCUGAACCAUGUACCCGUUUAAUGCCAGUUUCAGUAACUUCAGUCUGAUGAUGGAGGUUGCGGACAUGCCCCGGGAUGAGAACCUGGCCAAAGUAGAGAUCGCGCUGCUCAGCGUCAUCUUCGUCAGUGCCGCUAUCCUGAACACGGGUCUACUACUGGUUCUGUGGAAGCGGCGCAAACAGGUAUCCAAGAUGCGUGUCUUGGUGUUCCACCUUUGCGUUGCGGACCUGGUUGUGGCGUUUUUCCAGGUGUGCCCGCAGCUCUUGUGGGACAUUACGGACAGAUUCAUCGGACCGGACCUGGUGUGCCGCUUGGUGAAGUAUCUGCAGGUCGUAGGCAUGUUUGCGUCCACCUACAUGAUCGUAGUGAUGACCAUUGACCGCUACCAGGCUAUCUGCAACCCUAUGGUCAAAUUUCAGAGGAGGCGCAAGCACUGGAACAUCCCUGUUUGCGUCGCCUGGGCGAUAUCCCUCGUGGGCGGCCUGCCUCAGAUCUUCAUCUUCUCGCGGGUCCAGGUGGCGCCCGGGGUGUUCGACUGCUGGGCGGACUUUAUCCAGCCCUGGGGCUUGAAGACCUACAUCACCUGGACCACGAUGGUUAUCUUUGUCUUGCCCAUUUUGACCGUGGUGGUGUGCCAGGUGCGAAUCUGUCGAGCCAUCCAGAAUAACCUUUACUUAAAGACGCACCAGGAUGGGGGUAGCGGGGUUGCCUUUCAGCUGCCCUCCAGAACCAGCAGCGUGGCUGGUGUGUCCAAAGCACGAAUCAAAACUGUGAAGAUGACAGUGGUUAUCGUACUUGCCUACAUCAUCUGCUGGACUCCGUUCUUCACGGUCCAGCUUUGGUCUGUGUGGGACAAGGACGCGCCAACAGAAACCGCAACGUUCACCAUCCUGAUGCUGUUGGCAAGUCUGAACAGCUGCGCCAACCCCUGCAUCUACCUGCUCUUCAACGGCCAGCUGCCCAAUAAGCUGACGGUGCUGUGCCGAAGGCCUUCCAACGGGAAAGACUCCAUUGACUAUGAGGCCACAGUGGUCAGCUCGCUCUACAUGAGCUUCAAAAGCAUCUCCGACUCCAAAUAGAACACACGGUUUUCAUAUUCUCCAGGUAUGGGGAAGCAAGUAACUAAAGUCACGCUUUAGAACCUGAAAGGUUUCUUUGGCUGUCCCCAUAAGAAAACUCUUUGAAGAACCCUUUUUGGUUCCAUGUAGAACCCAUAACAAAAAAGGGUUUUCCUAUGGGGUACUGCCGAAGAACCCUUUUGGUACUCUUUCUUCUAAGAGUGUAUGUGCGGAAAUACACGCUAAAUACUGGGGAAUAGUCCACCACUAAUGGAUGAAGGCAGCCUGUUUGUGAUGUGGGCUGGAGCUGGGUGUCACAGAGAUAUAUCACGGUUGUAACACCUCUGGCAGACAACAUAGGAAUGAGCAACAUUAGCUAGAUUUCCAACGGUUUUCAUGUGAAUAUGAUCAAAUCCGCAUAAAAACAAUAUGCGAAUUUCCCACUCUGACAGUGUUUCCAUCAAAUGUACUUGAUUGAUAUGAUGCAGAUAAAAGGCUGUGUGCGCGUGAUCACGUGGUGCACAUAAAAUACAUUUUGCGGUUAAAUGUACCCAUUUUGCAGUUAAAUGAGUUUCCAGCACAUUUUCAACUCUACUGAUGGUUUUCUAGCUAACAGCGCUAUCGUAUUUAUAUUUGUCAAACGGCAGCCAGGCCUUGAUUAACAUGUCACCAGAAGAAAACCCUCGAUAUUUAUUGGAAGGGAGCAUCAAGCUCAUCACCUUGCACUUUCACCACCCUGUGAACUUCAUCAUUUAUUUUAAUCUGUAGCAUAAUAAACUGCAUGCUUUCCCAAA